CUCUGCAGAGUGAGCUGAGGGAAAACUAAGGAAAAGCAAGCUCAUGAAAUAAGUGAGGUAGAAAACGUCUUCACUUUCUAGGAAAACAUCUGACAGCACUGACUGAAAAAGGAAUCAAGCUAAAUUCCUCUCAUAAAUCAAGAAUCUAUAUUUAGUUCAUAGAUGGCAUGGGUAUCUCUCAAGCUUUCAACUGUUCUGAUCCUACUGUUUCGAUACUGUGUUUCAUCAGAAGAUGAUGAAAUAAGAUCAAGUUGUAGAACUGCACCCAAUGACUUGGUUUUCAUACUAGAUGGCUCGUGGAGUGUGGGUCCUGAAAAUUUUGAAAUACUUAAAAAAUGGGUUGUUAAUAUUACAAGCAAUUUUGAUAUUGGACCAAAGUUUACUGAAGUUGGAGUCGUGCAGUACAGUGACUAUCCUGUUCUGGAAAUCCCUCUUGGCCGCCAUGAGUCAAUCGAGGAUCUAAUUAGAAGAAUGCAAGAUAUUGAAUAUCUAGGAGGGAACACAAGGACUGGAAAUGCAAUUCAGUUUGCAGUAGACAAUCUGUUUGCUAGGUCUUUGCGACCGCUAACUAAGAUUGCCAUUGUUUUAACCGAUGGCAAAUCUCAAGAUGAUGUCAAAUACAUAGCAGAGGAAGCAAGACGGAACAAAAUUACUCUUUUUGCCAUUGGUGUAGGCUCAGAAAUUGAAGAAAGUGAACUCAGAGCAAUAGCUAAUAAGCCAUCAUCUACAUAUGUGUUCUAUGUUGAAGACUACAUUGCAAUAUCCAGAAUACGGGAAAUCAUGAAGCAAAAGCUUUGUGAAGAAUCUGUUUGUCCAACAAGGAUUCCAGUGGCAGCUCGAGAUGAGAAGGGUUUUGACAUACUUUUAGGUUUGGGAAUGAAUAAGAAAAAUGCCAAAAAAGUUGAAGGUUCAAUUCCUACAAUGAAAGCUUAUGAAGUCACAUCACAAAUUGAUCUUACAGAGUUCACCAGAAAUGUUUUUCCAGAAGGUCUUCCCCCUUCUUAUGUCUUCGUGUCAACUCAGAGAUUUAAAACCAAGAAGAAAUGGGAUUUGUGGAGAAUAGUUGCACUUGAUGGCUCUGUACAAGCUGCUGUUUCACUGAAUGGAGAAGAUAAAACACUGUCUUUUACUACAACCAGCCAAACAAAUGAUAUCCAGAUUGUAAAGUUUUUUACACCAGGAGUAAAGAAAUUAUUUGAUGAAGGCUGGCACCAAAUAAGACUUUUAGUGACAGAAGAGGAUGCAACUUUGUACAUCGAUGACCAACAAAUUGAAACAAGACGAUUACUACCUGUUAUAGGCAUAUAUGUUAGUGGACAAACACAAAUCGGAAAAUACUCUGGAAGAGAAGAAACUGUUCAAUUUACACUCCAAAAGCUGAGAAUAUAUUGUGAUCCAGAACAGAACAAACGUGAGACAGCUUGUGAAAUUUUUGGAAAGAAUGGAGAGUGUUUAAAUGGUCCAAGUGAUGUUGGCUCAACACCGGCUCCCUGCAUUUGUCCGCCUGGGGAAAAAGGACCUCCGGGUCCCAAGGGAGAUUCUGGACAGCCUGGUAAUUCUGGUUCCCCUGGACAACCUGGUCCAGAUGGUAAGCCUGGAAUUCCGGGGGCUAUAGGGAAUUCAGGUAUGCCUGGUUCACCUGGAGUGCAGGGACCACGUGGGCUACCAGGUUUAAAAGGCAACUCUGGACGAGAUGGGGAAAAGGGUGAACGGGGAAUUCCUGGUUUUCCAGGACAGCAUGGACAGCCAGGAUCAAAGGGCGAGCGGGGACAUAAAGGCGAAAAGGGGACUGGUGGAGUUGAUGGAAAAAAGGGAGCCAAAGGAAACAAAGGAAUUAGCGGGUCAGUCGGAAAGCCUGGAAGAGCCGGAGAGCCAGGAAUACAUGGAAAAGAUGGCAUACCUGGAUAUCCUGGAGAAAAGGGAGAAGAAGGAAAACCAGGCCCACCAGGAAUGGAAGGUCAACGAGGACUACCAGGAAUACCAGGGAUUCCUGGAAACGAUGGUGCUAGUGGCUUAAAGGGUGAAACAGGAUUUUCUGGGGAACCUGGUGUCAGAGGGCCUCCUGGGAUUCCAGGAAUAAUGGGAGCAGAAGGUUUACCUGGUACACCUGGAAUACCUGGAUUUAAGGGAAAUAAAGGUGAUACUGGAAUACCUGGAAACACUGGUUCUUUAGGAGCAAAGGGUGAAAAAGGGGUCAGUGGCCUUCCAGGCCCACAAGGAUAUAGAGGGGUUCCUGGACUUACAGGUGCCAAGGGUGAUAAAGGAAAUCAAGGUGAACGUGGGAUUCAGGGGCAACAAGGAAUGAAUGGUUCUCCUGGCAGUCAAGGAAUAAAGGGAGAUUCUGGAGUUGUUGGCUCCAAAGGAGAGAAAGGAGAAGUUGGAGAACGAGGACUUAUUGGUCUUAAUGGACAAAGAGGAGAGCCAGGACCUCCAGGAUUAAUUGGUGCCCAAGGUCCCAGGGGUAUAACUGGGGACAGAGGACCACCAGGACUGCCUGGACAGGAAGGGAGACCUGGUAAAGAACAAUCUGAACAGUUUAUACAGGAAAUUUGCAUGGAUGUUUUAAAAGCACAUUUACCAUCCAUACUUCAUUCUGAAAGGAUGCACAGUUGUGAUCAGUGUAAAACUCAAGCAGGACCUCCUGGGACCCCAGGACCCCCUGGGCCACUUGGUUUGGAAGGUCCAAGGGGACAUCCUGGAUCACCUGGAAGAAAUGGCUUUCCAGGCGGUGUAGGUCAUCCAGGGCGACCAGGCAUUCCAGGAUAUAAAGGACUACCUGGAAAGCCUGGUUUGAAAGGAGAUAAAGGAGAUGCGGAGCCAGGAAUACAAGGGCCACCAGGAAUUCCAGGACCCAUGGGAUCACCAGGAGUAAGCAAAGAAGGUCAACCUGGAUUACCAGGACCCCCAGGCCGAGAUGGAGAGCGUGGACCUCCUGGAACGCAAGGUUCCCCAGGACAACCAGGAAUUUGUGAUCCAUCCGUUUGUUUUAGUGCAAUUGUUGGAAGAGAUCCAUUUAGAAAAGGACCAAAUUAUUAACAGUAUUUUUUAAGCAGAAUUUUUUUUUUGUCUUUGCGUCUUUCAUGUCUCAGGAACAUUUUUAAUGGUCAGCUUCACACAAGUACCUCUUUUUAAAUAAUAAAAAAAAAGUCUUCAGAAAAAAAGCCAUAGGAUAACUGAAUCUGAAGGCUGAAUGUGGUGACAUGUAUCUGAAGUAAGCUCUACUUUAAUUGUAUAUUUAUCUAUCUGUAAGGUAAGCAGAUAUAAAACUGUGAAAUUGUUUCACAUCAAGUCCUGUUACAUAAAAUGUGUAAUUAGAAUAAGAAUAUCAUAUUUUUGUGUUAAAACUACAUAUUAUGUCAAAAGAGAAUAUGAAAUCUAAUUUAAAAAAUAGACUCUUUUUCUGAGAAAGUCCAAAUUAUAUGCUAAAUGAUGUACCCUACAUGAAAGACAAUGAUCAUCAUUUGGACCAGAAUUAAAACAUUUUUUACCAACAAUCUAAUAUCAUCAAACAUAAUAAUGUCUUUAUUUACAAAUUUAUAUAUUAAAAUACUUUUGACAUGUCAUAGAGACAUGUUUUGCUGGAAUGAAGAUUAUCAGUUAGUAUACAUAUACUACCGGUAUGCAGAUACUACUAUUAAAUAUUACUCCAGGGUUAGGCUGAUACAGUUCAAUUUUUUUUUAAUCAAAAACAGUUCAUUAUUCACAUCAUAAAUCACCUGUUACAGUCCCAAAUGCUACACAUAUUAUAAAAAGUGUGUCAGUGCUGUACACAAUAUAUACAUACCCUAUUACAUUAUUAGGGCUACA